CCUGAAUGUAAUUUCAUGAGUGCACUAGUAUGCAUUCGCAGGUAGAGCUCACUGAUUGGCAAAAGGGGACAAGUCAAUCAAUUUAAGCCGAAACCUCAUUUUCAUAUAACAUUUUUGUGUGAUUGCAUUUUUAUUCGAUAGUGCAAAGUGAGGAAACUACAAGAUCACUUGUGUUUGAAGAUUCCAAGUUGAGUCACUUGUGUUUGUCAGAGAAAAUUUUCUGUGUAAAUUAAUAAAAUAAAUAAUUUAAGAAAUGUUCCAACAGGAGCUCUGAGAACAUUUUAGGUUAUCAUUGACAAUUUUAAGUGCCAUAACUAUGAAACAAGGUUCAUAUUCUUCCACAACAAUGUACAAAUUGUUUUUAUAGCAUUGAGAUAAUUACACAGGUUAAGCAUUUGCCAGUAUCCCAGGAUGUGUAUAAAGUUUUAUUUCCGAUUGUCUAUUAAAUGCAUGGGUUAAUUUUAUUCUUUGUUAAUUAAAUUUGCAUUUAUAACUAUUUUCAGAUCGCGGUAAUGAUGGGAUGGUCAUUUGCUUGGCGUUUUCUCACGGAUAUGAAACAUGACGCUUAAGGCUCAUGUAAAUCCUGUCAAUAAAGUCAAAGUGCACCAUGUUCAUCUGGUGAUGUAAUAGUUCGAUUGUUAUUUGCUAUUAUGUGACAUCAAGCUAUGUCACCGGAUCCAUUGAAGACAUAUUACUUUUUUGAAUAAAUCAAACAAUUAUCAACAAUCAGAGAAAUCUCAUCCAUCCAUCCAUUGACUCUCUACAUCAAUGUACAUACAUAGUUAAUUCAUCCAAGUGUGAAGUGAAUUCCAUCCAAUAUUUAAGUGUGCGUAGAACCGCUCAUUGGAUACAUACUUGUUACAUAUAAUUAAUUACGUAGCGUAGUUAUUAUUAAAGAUCGUAUUAAUAAUAACAAUGAUCCUGGGUUUACUACACGAUAUGGAUUGCAAUUCAAUUGUUUAAACCAAACCAUACCAUAAUACAGAAGACAGAAUUCACAUUCUCGUCCCAAACUCUGACCGUUGUUCAGAUAGGCAGACGAAAUCAAGAAAAUACAAGUAUCGCAUGAUACCAACCGUGAUAAAUAAGCAACUUAAUAUACAUAAAUAAAUUUUACGACUGACUACUCCACUUAAUUUAUAAGAGUAUUAAUCGAGAAGCAGUUGUGUGAAUUAGUGAUACGAUAAUGGGUGAGGUAAUAAUGGGAUUAUGAAUGAGGUGUUACAUAUUCUUUGCUCCCCUGUCUUGUUGUGGAGCAUGUUGAAUCAACAUGUGGCGACUACACGACUAAAAUACUCGAACGAAUUGGAUUGUGAACAUUGCGAACCUCCCCCUCGUUAUUGAGCGAUAAGUUGUGGAAAAAAUUCUUACAAAGACUCUUUGAAUGCAAUAUAGUGGUUACCCCACCUAAUACUUUAUUCGAUAGUUCUGACUGUGGCAUUGUGAGCAUUGGAAGUGAUCAUGUAGAUUGUAGUUACAGCGGUCGUGCAGUUCGCAAAUGACAAUUAACGUAUCAUUUAUAUGUGGUUGUUACAUGACUUUAAAAGGUAACAAUGCUGUCGUGAAAAUAAUAUCAAAUCAAGUGCCAACUACUUGUUAAUGCACUCAAGUGAUAAAGUGUCAACAGAGAAGAGAGGAAGUCGGAACUUGAAUCAAGAUUACGCAAUUAUUAAGUAUCUGCAGAUCAAAAAUGAGACUUUAUCAGACUCUAAAUAGACACUCAGCCUGGAAUAGUUUCACAUGUGUUCCACCCUCGGACCCGUAGUGAUAAAUUGUGUCCUCCUUGUGAAUGCAAUUUCGUAUUAAACGUAAAAAUUUUUAAACACUAAUGUCAAUAAUUCAGCAGGAUUUUUCAUAACGUUUAAACCUGUGUUUGUGCAAAAAAAGAGUUACUAAUGUGAAUUCUUGAAGAGUUUGCUAAAAAAAAUCGCGAUAUGGCAUCCGGUCUCGUGGCAAAGAAAAUUGCCCUCUUUGAACACCAAAAACGAUCUUCAGAAAAUGGUUGUCGCCUUAAAAGAAAACAUGCAAUCCGACGGAAACGGUACAGCAGAGACAGGCGUUUAACAUCAGAGCCUAAUCUGGUAUCUGCUGAUUCUGAGGAGGAAAACCUGGAUAGCACUCCCAUCCUGUUUCGGAAUUCAUCCCAAGUCGCAAAUUCUCUAUCCGCAUCGUGCAGUGCCUUGCUCGAUCUGAUUUACAACAGCAGAAAUCAGGACAACUGUCAAUUGAAGCCCCAGACACCACUCUCAUCAUCUCUUCGUCCAUUCAUCAACAUAAAGGACAAGAAAAUAUUAUGCAGAACUUCAUCUUUGGAAGAAACAUUUAUUCCGACUCGUGUUAAUAUCAUUGAUAUCGACAUUGAGAUUCGGGUUGAAAAACAAAGUCGUUCUCCUUCCCCUGCCUCUUACGCUUACGAUGAUUACGAACCCAUGCAACCUAUAAUCACGCCAAGUUGCAUUGAUAAAAUUAAGCUCAUUUCAAAAUUGGACAAAUCGAGUAAAAUUGGCAAUAAUUUGUAUUGCUUUAACCCCACUGAAAACAACAACAGCAGCAAUAGCACAAUGUCCAGCUCGAAUUCUUGCAGUUAUUUUUGUUCCAGUUGUGGAAACUAUAAUCAAAACUCCGAUUCCGCAGUAUUAGAACACAUUUACGAAAAUUUUAACCUAGUUCCUCCCCCACGACCACCCAAAUCGAAACCAUCAACUUUUGUUUCCACCAGUUCCUCACCUUUACCAGCUUUACCAGUCAAGCCGAAUUUGGGAAAUAAUUCUACUGGCUUGUGUAACAUGCUUGACGGAAGCAGUUGUAAUUACGAUGUCAUGAAGAACACAGAAGCCAAUUACGACCAAGGAACAACACAGACGACGCAAGGGUCGGUGAUCUUGGAUGACGCCUCAUCACCUCGAUGCGAUGAUGACGACAAGAGUAAGACACAGCCAGCAAUUAGUGCAGAGACUGCUGGCGAUAAUAGUCAAGACAAUGAAAAGGACCCAUUUUACGAGGAUCUUUAUGACUAUUGCCUCCCUCCGGAUUGUUGCGGAGAUUUCGGCUUUAUUCCACCUUCGUCCGUUACUUCUUUUGUGCAACACGACAAAGAUGAUGAAGUUGAGUAUUGCGAUUGCUCAACUAUAAUGGCAAUCGCGCACAACAAUUUAAAUAGCGGUGGCACGGUAAUUUAUAACUGCAGCAGUGGUACGGAAUCAUUAACAACGGUAGAGCCGCCUACUACAAGAAUUAGUAGGAACAGUUGGGAGCCAACGACAAAAGUGGUGAACAAUUUGGAGAGCAAAUAUGCUGCUUCUUCUUUAGAACAAAGCAAUAAUAACACGCUCAUUAUCAAAGAAACAAACAAUAAUGCAACCUACACGUUUGGGAACAAUUAUGACGAUGACGCUGUUAAGAAAUUCUUUUACUUGGGGUCGUUAUUAUCAUUGGACGAGGAAUUAACCUCUAAGAAUACUAAUGCGGAGACCAAAUUUGAAACAGAGAAGAGUAAUGAAUAUGAUGGACGCUUCCCUGUUACUGCAAAUCCUCACAAUUCAUCGAAAGUGGAUAAAAUUCAAUCAAACGUAAACAAUGGGCAUGUUGAAGGAAUUUAUGGCAAACAAUUGGAAUCCGCAGUGAUCAAUGACUCUAAAGACAAACAAGAUGAGGAUGAUCUCGACAAGCCCUUGCCACAUCCACCGUCUUCAACAUAUGCCUCGCCCAACUCUUCUGAUUCUUUUUAUUCUGAACCAAUUUACGGGAUAACAAAUCAGAUUACUCAUUUUACCAGUGGUACAAAAAACCCAGGACCCCCAGUCCCUGACACACUGAGGCGACCGUCAUUGGUCCCUAAUCCUUCUCAUCAAAAUGUAAUUAGCUGCAACAAUGUAAUUAGAAAUGAGCCAUCAAUAACCCCACAACCAGCAUUCCAUAAUAAACUCCCCAGUGUUGGAGAGAACUCGUUGAUUUAUGCUGACUCUAGCCCAACAGCAACGCAAAUUUUACUUCGAGCAGAUAAGGAAGAUGUUUUCCAACCUAAUGAUAAGUUACCUCCAAUCCCUCCUAGCAAACUGUCGACGAUGGCUAAAUCUGCGGGAAAGAAGCUCGCCAAAAAAUUCAUGGGCAUCCGAAAAACGUCAAAAUGCAGUAUGGAACACUUCGAACAAUCGUCUUCGUCUUGCUCUUCUAAUGCUGGUUCGGCCCUUGGGGGACAGUUGACGCCCACGUAUGGCCCAAUCAAUAGUGAAGUUACUGCCAAACCAGUUCAAGUUUAUGGGAGCAGUGCACCUCGGAUGGUUCAGACCCCAUCAUCAAAUGAUAAGUCGCCCAGUGGAGGAGGACAGCCCAACCCUCUGCGACGACCCAUUUCUAGGCCGAGUAUUCCUCCUCCUGAGCCACCAAAGAGCAUCUACGGUGGCAGCAGCAAUGGCAGUAGCAAUGGCACUCAAAAUUACAGUAUUUAUGACAAGUCUGAUGGAGUGAAUAGACGGACGGAGGAUGAUGAUGACUUUGAUGACUCUGAUUUUUAUGACUCUGACUCUGAACUAAUCAGAAAUUUUGUGUCACAAGUGCAGCCAAUUUAUUCCAUGGAGGAGGAGCCGUUAUACCAAUACUACGCGUAUGGAAUUUCUAUAAAGCCGGAUGAUGACUAUCAACCUGUGAUUCCAAAGAACCUAGGCUUAACUUUGGAUAUGCUGGUACCGAGAGUCGGUCAAAGGACUUUAUGGUGUGAAUUGUCUGAAGUAAUUGCUUCAGGAAUCCUUUCCAUUCUUUCAGACAAGCAGAAGCAGCUCCAAGAAGCUGUUUUUGAAAUAUUGACAUCCGAAGUGUCAUAUUUAAAAUCUUUGGAUGUUCUCAUAGCCGUAUUUUAUCAAAAUGAAGAGCUUAUCGGUGUUCUGAAUGAGGAAGAGAGGAGUUACCUCUUCGGUAACAUUGAGCAAGUUCGCGAAUGUGCGCACAGUUUCCUUGCUGAACUUUUAGCAAAAUGGGACGAGAGUUGGUACAUUCAAGAAAUUGGAGAGAUCAUCGAUCGAAAUACAAAUUCUCGUUUUAGUGUAUACAAAGAAUAUUGCAGAAAUAAACCACACCAGGACAAGACAAUGCAACGGUUGAGACACUCUAGAGACGAAUUCGUGAACGUCAUAAAAACCCUGGAAGAAGACACCCGAUGUCAAAUGCUGAGAAUGGAUUCAUUCCUGAUGCUUCCUAUGCAGAGAAUCACAAGACUCCCAUUGUUGGUCAAUGCCGUGAUACAAAGGACCACUUCCGUCAAGGAGAAAACCAAUUGCGAAAAAGCCCUCAAGAGUCUGACUAAUUUGGUUCUGGACUGCAACGAAGCUGCAAGAGAAAGUCAAGACGCAGAGGAAACUUCCGCAAUAUUGGACAAAUUGGAUUUCAGCCGUGUAGCACCCACCAAACCCUUGACAUCUUUUGGGCAAUUUGUCAUGAAGGGCGAUUUCCAGAAAAACCCAUUCGACCAAGGUCGAGGUGGAAAUCAGAUCAAUUGGACUUUCAGGAAGAAUAAGCGAACCAUGUACUGGCUUCUAUUGUUUACCAAUCAGUUGCUGGUAACAAAAAAGAAGACAAAUGGAAAAUUCGAAGUGUUGGACUCAUUUACACCAGAGGAAUCUAAUCUGAAGCCUCUCCCAAACUUGGGAGAAUUAGGAGUUGCAAACGACUUUCAAAAUUUUUUCAUGUUGCACUUUGAUAACAAGGAAACUGUUUAUUUCCUCGCUGCCCGUACAAACUCUGAGAUUGAGCGUUGGAAGGCGAAGCUAGACUCGUCGAAGAAAGCGGUCAAGAAGCUGCGUGUGGAGUCCAUAUUUCCGUACGACGCGCGCAGGGCCGACGAGCUAUCUUUUGGCGUUGGAGAUGUGAUUGAAGUGGGGCAAAUGCAGCCGGACGGUUGGUACUACGGAACAAAAGUCAUUGGGGGCCAGAUGGGGUGGUUUCCCUCAAAUUACUCUGCUGAAUUGUGAUUAAACCAUUAUUUAAGGACCUUUUAUAAUGACCUUGAACUGAACCAUAUUGUGCCAUUAUUAAUUUAAGUUUUUUAACGUUUUUUAUAUACCACAAAAACACUAAAUCAGUCUGAAUAACCAGAAUUAAUAAAAACAAAAUUGAUAUAAUGAAAGCAAGCCCUUCCAAAUUUCAA